CCCUAUCCACAGCAUCCUGAAGGCUGAUUCACCACUCAGAGGCAAAUGAUAGAAAACUCAGAUUGCUUUAAUGGAAAACAUUGAUUCAUGUAAUUGACAUAACCCAGAGGCAUCUUCAGGCUUGGCUAAAUCCAGAGGCUUAAAUGAUGUUUUCAAGAUUCAGUCUCUUUCCAUAUUAGCUUUAUUCUCAUGUCCCAGCAGAGGCAAGAUGGCUCUCAGUCAUCCCUAACCUCAUUCUCCUAGGCUCAGGUAUGGGAAGAAGCCAAGUCUCUCCCUUCUGAGUGUUCCAGCUUCAAUUCCACUACACACUCUGCUUAGCGGAGCAGGAGUCGCCUGACCACCCUUGAGCCAAUACUAGGCCAGAUGGCUAGGCUUAUGCAGAUUGGGCAGGGAUCUGGCAUUCUGAUUGGUCAAUAUAGAGUCAUAGUUCCAAUCCUAAAACUGGUGGGAAGCAAUGAUCCCCUGAGGAACAGGGGAGAGGGAGGGUGUGGCUUUUCACAGGCAAUUCAGGGCCUCACCAGGAGACAGGGAAUGCUGAACCCUGCAAACCCCAGGAGACAAUCACCACCACACUUCACCAUAUGGAACAAUCCAUUUACUGAACACGUAUUAUGUGCCAGGAACAGUGCCUUACACAUAAUGGCCUGCAAGGUGGCUUCUAGAAUUUUCCCCAUUAUGCAGAUGAUGAAACAGAAGCUCUGCAGAACUGAAAGGACUUGCCCAAAGCUCAUUAGUGGUUGUGGAGGAAUUUCAGCUGAGAUCUGGUGAACCACACAACCAGUGCUUUUUUAAUCCCCUACAUUUCGAACCCCUCCUCUAUGGGAGGAAAAACUAGAAUUUCUGCUUUAGGAACCUAGCUCCUGAUUCUGGAAUUGGGGACUCAGAGAGUCUCACAGCCCAUAGGGCUUAGAGAGUCAGUGUUGCCCCCUCCUCUGAGUAGGCCAGGACACUGCUGAGACAAAGAGGUGUGCUCACUGGGUUUGACCUCCGUGGGUCCAGUGUCUGAGCAGAGGAAAAGCUCAAUUCCUUCAAGAUGCCGGUGUUGAAGAAGCACAGGAGAAAAACCUCGGUAACUCCUCCGGAACUUUCCGAGAAGACCAAGGAGCAGCUGGCGGAGGCCGAGCUUCGGCAGCUGAGGCUGCAGUUCCGAAAAAUGGUGGAAAGUCGCAAGUCCUUCAACUUCCGCAGCCAGCUGAAGCUCUCCAGCCAGCACAAGGAAAUCCAGGCCCUGCAAGCAGAGCAGAAUGAGAUCACUCUGGUUUUGAGUCUCCUGAAGUCCUCGAAGAACUUGGAUCUGGAUCAGAAAAACUACCUUGAGCUGCGUUUCCUGUUGCAGGCCAAGGAAGACUACGAGGCCAUGAUUAAGUCCAUGAAAGAGUUGCUGGUGGAGCUGGAUGAGAAGAUUGUUCAGAUGGAAAAAAAAAUCUCAAGCCAAAAACAGAUCUUCACAAAAAUGCAGAAGGCCAACAACCCACAGAAACUGCAGAAACAGAUACACAUUUUGGAGAGCCGGCUGAAUCGGGUCACUGAGCACUUUAAUAAGAUGCUGACUACCAAUGCCAAGCUCCGUCAGGAGAUUGAGAACCUGCGGUUUGAGAAGGCCACUUAUGACAACAUCUACCAGCAGCUGUGCCAGAGCCUGUUGUCGCAGAAGAAAACCAUGAACUUGGCCAUUGAGCAGUCUUCUCAGGCCUAUGAGCAGAGCAUGCAGGCCAUGGCCCGCAUGGCUGCCAUGAAGGACCGCCAGCAGAAGGACAUCUCUGAGUACAACCUGGAGAUCCAGGAGCUGGAGCGGCUCUACGACCACGAGGCCAAGCUCAAGUCCUUCUACAACCACGAGGGCAAGCUCAAGUCCUUCCUGCAUGUCAAGCUGAAGGACCGCAUGGAAUUGGAGGAGGACGCGAAAAAGGAAGAAGCUCUCAAGACAAAAAGGCACAGGAAGAAUAGCAAGGGAGAGAGUUUUGAGAGCUACCAGGUGGCCCACCUCCGGCUGAUGAAGCUGGUGGAGGAUGGGAACCUGAGCCAGCUCAUUGAGGAAUUCCUGGCCAAGGAGGACAAGAACUUUGCCCGGUUUACUUACAUCAUGGAGCUCAACAACGACAUGGAGAUGAUGAACAAGAAGACCCAGGAGAUCCAGGAUGAGAUCACCCACCUGCGAUCCCAGCAGCAGUCUUCCCACGACGACAGCGGCUCUGUCCUGAAGGAGCUCGAGGAGAAGCUGAGGAAGACCACGGAGGAGGCCAACAGGUACGAGGACAAAAACCGCCAGCUCAGAAAAACCCUGGAGCAUCUCAAGACCUCGGUGGGGAAUCUGUUCAAGAAGAUCAACUGCGACGCCUCCAAGAUCCUGGUGCAGUUGGGGGAGACCGGGAAAGUCACCGACACCAACCUGUCCCAGUAUUUCUCCCUCAUCGAGAAGAAGACCAACGACCUGCUGCUGCUGGAGGCCUACAUGCGAAUGCAGGAAGUGGACACGGACACCGAGCCGCCCCCGCCCUUCCUCAACCCUUUCUGGGGCGGCUCUGCCCUCGUGAAGCUCCCAGAACCCCUCAAGGUCACCCCGCCCGUGCUGGGGACUGACCCCUUCAGCGACAAGAUAGAGGACAUGGAGCAGCCCCUGGACCAUGGCAGCCUGAGGCAGCUGGUGCUGGACAAUUACGCCCAGAAGGAAGUUGGCGGGUCCACAGCCUCACCCAGCGAAACCCGAGGCCGGCGAGACCAACCAAAAGAAUAAAGGUUUUGUUCCUAACCUCA